UGGAUGGGGCGGCUGGGCCGGGUCCCACUUCUCUGCUGCCCAGCCGGACUAGUGGCCACCUCUGCAGUGUCUGCCGCAGCCUGGUUUCGUCGCUGAGCGAACCUUCCAGCCCCCUAGCCAGCCGUGAACCUCGUCCUAGGAAUGGCCUCUGCGAUGGAACUGACCAGUGAAAUAGUUGCUCAAGAAGAGCUGGUAAAGGCCCUCAGAGCCAGAAAGGUGUCCAAGGAGGAAAUUGAUUCUGCAAUGCAGAAGUUGUCGUUGUUGAAAACAAGUUACAAAGCUGCCACAGGGGAGGAUUACAAGGCCGACUGCUCUCCAGAGAACCCAGCACCUGGGAAUGAGAGGGGCCUGGAUGCCACCGAGGCUGGAGAGGACUUUGUGGACCCGUGGAUGGUGCAGACAAGCAGUGCAAAAGGCGUUGACUACGACAAGCUCAUUGUUCGGUUCGGAAGCAGUAAAAUUGACCAAGAGCUGAUAAACCGCAUCGAGAGAGCCAUUGGCCAGAAGCCGCACCGCUUCCUGCGCAGAGGCAUCUUCUUCUCCCACAGAGAUAUGAAUCAAGUUCUUGAUGCCUACGAAAACAAAAAGCCGUUUUAUCUGUACACGGGCAGGGGCCCCUCUUCUGAAGCAAUGCAUCUAGGCCACCUCAUCCCCUUUAUUUUUACCAAGUGGCUGCAGGAUGUGUUCAACGUGCCCUUGGUCAUCCAGAUGACGGAUGAUGAGAAGUACCUGUGGAAGGACUUGACCCUGGACCAGGCCUAUGGCUAUGCCGUGGAGAACGCCAAGGACAUCAUCGCCUGCGGCUUUGACAUCAAGAAGACUUUCAUCUUCUCUGACCUUGAGUACAUGGGGUCAAGUUCAGACUUCUACAGGAACGUGGUGAAGAUUCAGAAGCACGUUACCUUCAACCAAGUGAAAGGCAUCUUCGGUUUCACCGACAGUGACUCCAUCGGGAAGAUCAGCUUUCCUGCCAUCCAGGCGGCGCCCUCCUUCAGCAACUCCUUCCCCCAGAUCUUCCGGGACAGGGCGGACAUCCAGUGCCUCAUCCCGUGCGCCAUUGACCAGGAUCCUUACUUCAGGAUGACGAGAGACGUCGCCCCCAGGAUCGGCUACCCCAAACCAGCCCUGCUGCACUCGACCUUCUUCCCCGCCCUGCAGGGCGCCCAGACCAAGAUGAGCGCCAGCGACCCCAACUCGUCCAUCUUCCUCACGGACUCGGCCAAGCAGAUUAAAAACAAGGUCAACAAGCACGCCUUUUCUGGAGGCAGAGACACUGUCGAGGAGCACAGGCAGUUUGGGGGCAACUGCGACGUGGAUGUGUCCUUCAUGUACCUGACCUUUUUCCUCGAGGACGACGACAGGCUCGAGCAGAUCAGAAAGGAUUACACCAGUGGAGCCCUGCUCACCGGCGACCUCAAGAAGAUCCUCAUCGAGGUUCUGCAGCCCUUGGUCGCCGAGCACCAGGCCCGGCGCCAGGAGGUCACGGACGAGGUCGUGAAGGAGUUCAUGAGUCCCCGGAAGCUGUUCUAUGACUUUCAGUAACACUCGUUUUAUGGCCACAUACCCCAGCUUAAUUGCUUCGCCACGCCCCUUAGGCUCUGCCCCGGGGUGAUUGCUGACCUGCGGUCUGCAGGCCGUGUGUGCGUGUCAGUACUGCCUCUUCUGUGAACAUCAUCCUUUCUGUCGCUUGUGAGCACAGCCCUGUGGGAGGAUGGUGCCAGAUGACGUCGUGUGGUCAGACAGACUGGUCCAGCUGGAGUCUCUCCCCCAGAGCAGCCCAGGGAUGUGGCGCCCUCGGCCAGGUGUCCAUCGGCCAGCCUGUUCUAGUCCCCAGCCCCACUUCCAUUGGAAAGCAUCCGACAGUUCCAAAUAUACUCUCAAAACCUUCUCCCUAAAAGCCUGUGUGGUCUGUGCCUGUCAUCAAACUAGAAAGUGCUUCGAAAAGUUAAUGUGGGGGUGCCAACGAGCACAAGAUGUAUCUCAGCCCGUGCUCCAAAAAAUAAACCACAUUGCCAGCUGAACACUUUGCUCUCUGUUUGACCGUGAGAUCUCCCAGUUUGAAAGCUGCUUUGAGCAUUGAGUACUGGCCAGAGUGGGCCAGUUUUUAUUAAAUUGAGUCUUUUGUUGGUGAAACUUUCCAGUUUAUUUACAGAACUCCAGACCAUGCAUGUUCUCCACUCCAGAAAUCAUGCUCUUUUCCCUGGACACACUCAUGUUUUGUUUCCACCAAAUAAUGCUGGACACUCCGGUCUGGAAACCGACGGCGCUUUGCUCCACCUGAGCCAGGCACUGCGGGUUUGCUGCCUCUGCAGAUGCUUUUGUUUUGACACUUGACUGGCAUGGAAGUCUGUCUGCACAGAGCAGUGCCCGGCCCGUGUCCCCCGGUGGGUGGACGUAGCCAGAAAGCGCACAGCAGCCCCUCCCUGAGGCCCUCAGCAGUGCAUCUGUGGGAGGCCCGCUGAAUUGUGCACCAUGUGUAGUUUUGGAAAACCCGAAGACAUACCUCAGGGAAAGCCCUUGGUUGAGGUGUCCUUCCUGGAGUCGCAGGGUCCACUCCUGAGUGCUUCGCCCUUGUGUUGCUCAUUGGUAUAAAUAAACUUCCUCUGGUCCCGCC